UGUUCAACGGCUAUCAUGAAGUUGUUUUUUUAUAUUAUACAUUUGUUUAAUAUAAUUAAUUUAAUAAAUUCUCGUGGAUAGUUACGCUAGAUCUUUUCCGUGAAAAUGGAGGCUUAAAUAUAGUGAUGAAAUUCGCAAAAAUGUUUAACAUUAUAAACUAAGCAAUAUAAAUCUCUUUUAUUACAUCUCUCUACUCAUCUCUGGGCAAGCUCGUUGGCCGUGAAACAAAUAGUUCCGUAGGCGAAAGGUGGCUAUAAAAUUGGGACUAUUUAUACCUGCGGAAAUAUACUCGUGUAAUUAAAUAUACUCGAAAUAAGCUCGUGUAGCUAUUUUUAUGAAAAAUUAUAAAAUACAUGAGGGCGACGAAAUCUUCCGGACCAACGCAAAAAAUGUCGAUGGAGCAGUAUUACCACCUUGUAAAGCUGAGCUGCAAAAGCAAUUGAAACGAACCGCAUAUAUUGCACAUCUUUGGAGGCAUGCUUAUCUUCCGCAACCGACGGAAUUUUUACCCACUGAUUAUGGUUGGCAAGAAUCAGAAGAUAAACUUGUUUUCGAACGGUUCGAAGGAGAUCAAUUGCCGAAAUCCAUCGAUGAUGUAGCAAUCAACUCUGAAGAAAAUCAAGAUAAAGAAACGAAUACAGAGCAAGACCAAGGUCAGUCAGAUGAAGAAGACGAUCCUGAAAUCAAUAACUCUGAUAUUGAGGAUUCCAAUAUAAUAUUGGAUGAAACGGAUGAUUCUAUCGACCAAUGUGAUAUGGAUGAAUGGUUAUAAAAUUACGGCUGUUAAACAAGACCAGCAUCAUUAUACGUGUACAUAAUAAAUAUAGAUUCUUGUACAUAAUAAAAUAAAAAUCAAUAAAUAAUUAUCUCCGAAUGUCAUUGUAAAACAGUAAUA